UUUGAUUAUUAUUUAUGGAAAAGUGUAUCGUUUCUGCAAAUUCUUUCCUUUGAUUGUGAAUUGUGGUCCUCAUCCACCAACAUUGCAAACUCCACUUUUUUUAAUUCAAUAUUAUUACUAUCCUCUUUAUGCCACCAUUAUUUCCUAAUCUUUUUUUUGUUUGUUUGUAUAAGAGGAUUUCGCAUACGCUACCCAUUCACGAAUCAACUACUAGUAUAAUAUAUUUUCAGUUUCAUUCACCGCUUCCUUCAACUUCCCCAUCCCUUCAAUUUCUCUCACUACAUUUGUGUCCCUUUAUUCCGUGUGGCGACUCUACGCAAUCAUCUAUACAAGCAAACCGCUCGCCGUUGAUCAUUAUCCCCAGCGAUCGCCGAUCAUCCAAGGAAUCUAUAUAUCAAGCCUAUUAGUGCAAAUUUAGGGUUUUUCCCAGUUUCUUGAGCUAGCAUUUGCGGACAAUGACAUCAUAUCAUUUUGUCACUUUCCUUGCCUAAGAAUGAACCUGAGUGUCCAAAGCAUAUGGAUGGGAGAGUAAUCUGCAGGCACUUCUUUGAUCUAUCUGGAUAACUGACGAACAGAUUUGCUUAUGGUUUCUGGUGCCCCUAUGAGAAUUGUUAGAUUGCCCUGCUCAGUUUCAUUAUGCUGAGCAUCAACCUCCAAGUUGAACAAGGAAAAAGCUAGCAUAUUAAAAAUAUAUUGCAGGAAGUUGUAGUUAACUUUGUGGAUCUUACCUGUAAUUGCGCAUUAUUUUGAAUUUUUGAGCAAAAUGAUGGUUCCUUACAAACCACUCUUGAUAAGUCAUAUGAUGUUCUAAUUCAUGGUGAAUGAGGCCGGCCAUAUUUUGGUGUUUUGGGGAUAUUUUUGGUUUCAAACGACUAACAUAAUUUUUCUGUUCUUGAUGGUGCAUUAUAUGGAUACUGCAAGACCAAUGUUCUAAAAGCUUGUUUAUGGCCUCAUAGAAAUUACUAUAACCUUUUAUUUCCUUGUUGGUAAUGGCCAAUGGGUAACGGAGAUCUAUAUUUUGUUGGCUUGGAACUACGGCUUGUUUUAAUAUCUUUAUACUGUGAUUCGUUCCAUGUAGGAGAGAUGCAUUGGCUUGCGAUCAUCUUUAUGCAUGCCCCCUUGGUACCUAUAUGUAAAGUACGAGAGCUCUUAGUUGCGACGAUUUGAGAUACUGAUGCUUAAGAUGAUUUGAAAAUACACCUUUGUCACCACAUUCAGGGGAUGAUACUUGAGUUCUCUUUAGCAGAUUAACUCUGUAACCUGAAUUAUUUGAUGCGAGAUGUCAGCAUAGUAUACUAGCAUGAUUGCCACUUAGUGCUCUCAAUUUCCUAUAGUAGCCCGACAGAAAAAGACAAAUGUUGUAGUUAGUGGUACUAAGAACAUCCUCUAAAUUGUUUGGUAGUCACUAAUCUUCUUAUCUAGUACUGAGCUUGAUUUCCUAAUAAGACGAAAUUAAUAAUUUAUGAUCCCUGUAAUUUCUUGAAUGUCCACGUGGUUUUUUGGAUGCGUGAUUUGCCUAAUAUUGCACAUACUUUUUUUUUUUUGUGUAAUUGUUAUGUUGAUAAAAGUGGUGAAUUGUUCUGAGUUACUAUGUUACUACUUACUAGAAAGUUUUAGAAUUUCCCUCCUUUGGUGAAGACAGAUGCCGUCAUGGAGGUCCCUCUUAAUUAAAGGAAUAUGAAAAAGUCAGAACCAUUGUAAGAUGGAUUUUCCAUUAUGACUUUACUUCAUAUGAAUGUUACCUCUGAAUUCUGAUCAUAUAUAAGGUACCGAAACUUGGGGAGGCAGAGUUGUUUCAUUUCUAUUGUUCCCUCAUAUUUACAAUUUAUGAUCCUAUUAUCAACUAAAAACAUCAAUAUUUUUGGUGGUAGCUUUAGCUUUCUCUCUACUUGUUUCAAGUGUAUAUACGAAUUUUGACUUCUAAAUUCUAAUAAAUCAAUAAAUUUUACUUCUGUAUGAGCAAGAUAUUGGAUUCACCUGUGCAGUGUAACAAGGUAAUUUUAACAUGAUAUUACAUCCUUUGAUCUGUAAAUUAGCAUAUGAUUCAUGAAGUGGGGCUAUGAUUUAGUGCAUUUACAUUGACUGUUCCUCUAAAAUUUUUGGAAGAGAAAAAGAUACUAUGGCAGGGUGGUCAAUCAUGAUAUAUUGUUGUAAUUUGCAAAAACCGAGGUGCCUCAUGAAGAUAAGAAAGAAGAAUGCCCAAGGGAGGAGACUAGCUUCUCUUACUUUGAGAUCAUUGAAUAGUGUCUUUUUUGCUGGAGUAACUAUUUCCAGACUGCUAGACAACUAUGGGGCACAGACACAUGUUUAACACUCCUCAAAUUGUUGAGACUGACAAUGACCAGAGUUGGAAUUAUGCAGAGCAACCUUACAUGCCCAUUGGAAGGGAUGUAUCUGAAAGCAGUUCAAUUAUCUAUCCUGUGGACGGUACGACAAUUCAAGGCGGGCACUAUCCUUCUCAGUGGACCCCUGCUUCUAAAUUCAGUGCAUACUCUUCGUCUAUUCAUAAUGGUGAACUGCCACAUUAUCAAACAGUGGCUCCUUGUCCAUCUCGUGAUCCUUCUCUACAUCAACCUGCUUCUGUAAAUCUGCACAUGCAUCAAGAUAAUUAUUCCCAUCGCCCAUCUUCAUCCAACAUGGGAGCGCAAACAGUUGAGGGAGUACAUAGUGGGUUUUAUGAUCAGCCAACAGUCAGUGGCAAAGGACCAUACAAAAGAAAAAGCCCUGCUGUGGCUCCAUUGUGUGACGGUGGAUCUACAAGCAGAUAUUACAAUGCUGGAAGUUCAUCGGAUAUUCACUUGCCAGUAGACCCGUGGCAGGAAAAGCAGAGCUCUGAAUUUUAUCAUACAACCUUGGAAUAUCCUCCGAGUUAUGGAGUUAAUACCAUCUCUGUAGGCAGUGAGGGGACAUUGAGAAAUAUCAGAAGUAGAGCUGCUGCCGGCCUGGAAACCAAUCUGGCUGGAAAUCAUCUGUCAAAUUCUGUGCGUCAUUCUUCAUCUUACUGGUCCUAUGAUCAGACUAAUUCAGGGGAUUUCUGGGGCCAGAGUUUGAAUCCGCCAACGAGGGAAUGGAAUCAAAAUCUUAUAUCACAUACUGCUGAUUCCGCAUUCUUUAAUCACGAUCCGAGUUACCUGAACACACUAAACAACCAUUCUAAUGGUUCCCUUGAGACUGGGGGAUUGACCAAUGAUGUUUCAAAUCGAAAUCAUAUUCCUCAAAAUGUUGGCAGUAACUUGAAUCAGUCUGUUAGAGGAUCCCGAAGUGGUUAUGGUCAAAGAUCUAGUCCUACUUUCAGGGCUUCAUCUAGUAACUUUUGUCCUGGAUAUGCAGCUACCUCAGAUCAGGUUCACCAGAUGGUUGCAAAAGGUUGUCCUUCAAGGCAUCCACGACCCUCAUCCAGCUUAAGGUUUCGGAAUGUAGACAGGAUUGAGAGAAGUUACGUAUCAAGUGAGAGAUAUAGAGCUUCUACUGAGGAGGGUGUCGUGGUUACAAACCACUCUUCGUACUAUGGAUCCAGAGCUAUGGUCGAUCAGCACAGGGACAUGAGGCUCGACAUAGACAAUAUGAAUUAUGAGGAACUCUUGGCCCUAGGAGAGAGGAUUGGAAGUGUCAGCACCGGAUUGUCAGAUGGCUUGAUUUCAAAGUGCCUGACUGAGUCGAUAUACUGUUCUUCGGACCUAUUUCAAGAUGAUGGAACUUGCGUAAUUUGUUUGGAGGAAUACAAGAACAUGGAUGAUGUUGGCAUAUUGAGAGUCUGCGGCCAUGAUUUUCAUGUGGCUUGUAUUAAAAAGUGGCUGCCGUUGAAGAACUUAUGUCCCAUCUGUAAGUCUCCUGCCAUCGAUGACAAUGAAAAGGGGAAGUGACUGCUUAUUCUUCACCUUAAAUUUAUCAAAUCUCUUGUAUAUAUUUUUUUCAAUUGUUCCUGCAAAUGGAGGAAACAACUGUUGCAAAUCAGACUUUUGAAAGCAAAUGCUUUGUUGGUGUGACCCUUUUCCUCUCGCUUGCAUUCAUGUUAAUGGAUGUUUGUUAUUCCAUUUAAUUUAUUGAGUUCUGCUA